AUGAAGCUCCUUGAGGCCAUCGCCUGCGCUUCGGCGCUCAUGCCCCUUGCAGCCGCGGACUGGCAGUUCAAAUCCCGGACAGACCUGGCCCCACCCCGUCUGAACAUCACUAUCCCGGCCACCAAGGACGUCGAGCAGGGCUACCUUUUCGUGGCCCCGUUCCCAGGCCAGUGGGCAGAGCCGCAAUUCCACGGCCCUCGCCAGGAAGCCCCGUAUAUUGUGCGGGAUGACGGCGAGCUGGUCUGGUCCGGCUAUACCUACUUCUCCAUCUGGGCGGCCAACUUCCAGAAGGCCCGAUGGAACGGACAAGAUGUCUUGUUCAGUUUCGAAGGGGAUCACAACCCAGCCUACGGCCAUGGUCAUGGUCAUGCAACCAUCCUGAAUCAGCACUAUGAGACUAUCCGAGAGCUUCGUGCUGGCAAUCACAAGCUCAUGGACAAGCACGAGUUCCAUGUGGUGGAUGAGAAGACUGCCCUCCUUCAAGUCUACCAGCCCGUUCCGAAGGACCUCUCCCGAUUUGGUGGCAGUGCUGAGCAACAAUGGAUUGUAGAUGCCAUCUUCCAGGAGCUGGACAUCCAGACUGGAGAGCUCCUGUUUGAGUGGUCUAGCCUGGACCAUGUUUCUCCCGACGGUAAGUUUAUCUUCAUCCUGAUAUAUCUGUUCAAUUUGUUGAUUGGAUUUCUUGUAGAGGCAGUUCUCCCUCUCAACCCUGGUCAAGCGGGUGCGGGCUGGAACUCGUCGGACGCAUGGGACUAUUUCCAUAUCAACUCCGUGGACAAGGAUACUGCGGGUGACUACCUGAUUUCUGCGCGUGAUGCGUGUGCAGUGCACAAAAUCAACGGUACAACCGGUGAGAUCAUCUGGCGUCUCGGCGGAGUUCGCUCAGACUUCGAGCUCGGCCCCAAUGUGAAGUUCUGUUUCCAGCACCACGCCCGUUUCGUCGAGCAGAGCGGUGACGAGGAGAUUAUCUCUCUUUUCGAUAACUCUGCACACGGAACCGAGAAUCACCGUGGAAAAGAGGUGCACACCAAUCCCUUUUCUCAAGGAAAGGUCAUCUCCGUCAACACUGCCACUUGGACUGCGGAAAUUGUCCAAGCCUUCCAGCCCCCAGAUGGCCUUCUGGCGAAAUCUCAAGGAAGCACCCAGCUUCUGCCAAAUGGCAAUGCGCUCGUCAAUUGGGGCUCCGAAGGCGCCGUGACUGAGUUCCGUGCAGAUGGCACCCCAAUCUUCCACGCUUACAUGGACUCGGGCCUCCUGGGCGAGGGUGUCCAGAACUACCGCGCGUUCCGAUACAACUGGACUGGUCUGCCAACCGAGGAACCCGCAAUCGUGGCAGAGAAAACCUCCACCGGUACGACUGUGUAUGUUUCAUGGAACGGCGACACGGAAACAGCCAUCUGGAGAUUCUAUGCAAUCACAGACCGCUUCGGGUCUCGGGCUUAUUUGGGCGAGACAGCGCGUGAUGGCUUUGAGACUUCGUUCUCGUUGUCUGGUCAUUUCUAUCACAGCCUGGCGGCGGAGGCUGUUUCGGCUGCUGGGCGUGUUUUGGCAACCACCCGGGCUACUCGUGUUGAAGGAGUAGUCCUUCCCCCAUAUGAACCAGAGAAUGGAAAGCUUGAUCGUGGCACCUGGGUUCAAGCUGUUCUGCGGGGUUGA